AUGUCUUUCUCUGUCGUUGGGAAAUCUGCAAUGAUUACAGGAUCCGGGUCUGGAUUGAAUUUCUGUUUCGCAAAGGCUCUUCUAUCUAAAGGCUGCAAUAUUGUCCUCGCUGACGUUGCGCUUCGACCAGAAGCGAAGGAAUUCCUGGAAUGUAAUCAAUUUCGUUCUCCAGGAAGCGCCCGAGCGAUAUUCCAGAAAUGCGAUGUAUCGAAAUGGAAAGAUUUAGAAAGCGUAUUUGCUCACGCAGAGGAGGAAUUCAGGAGUUUGGACAUUGUUUGUCCUGGUGCGGGUGUUUACGAGCCUCUAUGGUCCAAUUUUUGGUACCCUCCCGGCAAAAGCCCAUCCACAGAUGGCACAGAUAGCAAUGGGUACAAGAUGUUGGACGUCAACCUUGUCCACCCUAUCCGGGUCACUCAGUUGGCCAUCCGGCAUUUUCUAGCGCACAAGAAACGUGGAAGCAUCGUGCAUGUUUCGAGUAUCGCCGGUCAGGACGCAGCGUUUCCAACACCAAUGUACGUCGCUAGUAAAUGGGGUGUAAGUGGGUUCGUUCGAAGUCUUGCGCCGCUGGAGAAGGGCCUUGGGAUCAGGGUAACAGCAGUGGCCCCUGGAGUUGUCAAGACUCCAUUAUGGAUUGAGGCUCCGGAGAAAAUGAAAAUGAUCACCAAAGAUGACGAAUGGGUGACCCCCGAGGCAGUUGCAGAAGUGAUGGUUGACUUGAUCGAAAAGGACGAGUGCGCUGCUGGUAGGAUCGAUGGUGGGACAAUCCUCGAGGUCGGGAAACGAGUCCGUCGAGUAGAGCAGCUCAAUGAUCCUGGGCCGGGAGGAGCAGGCAGUACAAUGGGCCAUAAAGAUACGGCUACCCGUGAAAUCAUUGGGAGACUGAUGGAGGAUGGAUAUUAA